UAUUUUUCUUCAUAUACAUAAAAUGUAUAUUAUAUACUCUCAAUAAUAUAUAUAUAUAUAUAUACGUGCAGGUACUCUUCAGCUUUCUUCUUGUUCCCACAUACCCAUCUUCCCCAACCUUUCCCCAAGAAAAAAACUUAGGGUUUUAAAUUCUAUUUUACACAUAAAAUAAACACACCAAAAUAUUUGCGUACGUUAUUGUCUUAUUGAUAUAGAAUCUAGGUGUCUGUUUCUUUUUCUUUGUUCUUGUAUUGGUUUGGAUCGGUAUACUUAGUUAUUACGUAAUUAGAUAGAUCGGCGUGAAGAAGAAAAUGAUCAUGUGCAGCCGAGGCCAUUGGAGACCAGCUGAAGACGAGAAGCUCAAGGAUCUUGUCGAACAAUACGGUCCUCAUAAUUGGAACGCCAUAGCUCUCAAGCUCCCUGGUCGAUCUGGUAAGAGUUGUAGAUUGAGGUGGUUUAAUCAAUUGGAUCCAAGGAUAAACCGAAACCCUUUCACGGAAGAAGAAGAAGAAAGACUUUUAGCGGCUCAUCGGAUCCAUGGGAACAGAUGGUCCAUCAUCGCAAGGCUUUUCCCUGGAAGAACUGAUAACGCCGUCAAGAACCAUUGGCACGUCAUCAUGGCUCGUCGCACACGUCAAACCUCUAAGCCUCGUCUUCUACCCUCGACGACUUCGUCUUCUUCUUUAAUGGCGAGUGAACAAAUCAUGAUGAGUUCUGGUGGUUAUGAUCGUAAUUAUAGUUCCGGUGAUAGGAAGAAAAUAUUACCAGCAGACGUUAUAAAUUUCCCUUACCAGUUCUCUCAUAUCAAUCAUCUUCAGUUCCUAAAGGAGUUUUUCACCGGAAAGAUCGCUUUAAAUCACAAAGCAAACGAGAGUAAAAAGCCUAUGGAGUUCUACAAUUUUCUACAAGUAAACACGGAUUCAAACAAGCGCGAGACUAUAGAUCAAGAUUCGGGUCAAAGCAAACCCAGUAACUCGGGCACCAAAAAUGAAAGUCAUGUUCCCUUCUUCGACUUUUUGUCUGUUGGAAACUCUGCCUCCUAGGAUUAGCUUCUUUGCAGACUAUAAACCCUAAAUUGUUAGCUUAACUAUUUAGUCCGUAUACGUACGGGACUCUAGAUCGUUAGCAUGUAUGCUUGAUGUGUAAAAUCACUAACUAGUGAGCUCUUACCUGAGAAAAAUGUAAGAAAAUUGUGAGAAAAAAACCUAAUGUUGAUGUAUACCCAUAUAUACUAGUAUCACACAUUCUCAAUGUCUGUAUUUCCAUCGAGUUGUUAAUAACAACUUGUUAUCUAUCAAAGUUAUCCGUAUG